GAGGCGGCUGGAGAGUUGCUGUAUUCUGGGAAUGGGCAGGGUCACUUGUCCGAACAGAGUCCUGUCCUACGCGGCGGAAGCGUGUGCCCUUUGACUUGCAUCGUCUAGCUACCUCUGCCAUCCUCUACCAGCCGCAACUCCGAGGGCUGGAGCCAACUUCAGGACUGAUUGAUCAUGACUUCUAUAAAGGAGCAGGCAGCAAUUAGCAGGCUCUUAAGUUUUUUACAGGAGUGGGACAACGCUGGCAAAGUCGCAAGGAGUCACAUCCUCGACAAGUUCAUUGAAACCAACCAAGGCAAGACUGCCCCUGAACUGGAGCAGGAGUUUUCCCAGGGAGCCAGUUUGUUCCUGGUACGCUUGACCACCUCGCUUAGAAUCACCUAUAUGACUGACUCAUGUUUAGAAAAGCUUCUCAGGUCCAUUGGCAUCUUCUUAUCAGCUGUAAGCAGUAAUCGGUACCUUAUAGAAUUUCUUGAGGUUGGAGGUGUCCUAACACUCUUGGAAAUACUUGGGCUGGAGAAGAUCAAGGAGGAGGCCAAGAAGGAAUCUGUCAAACUACUUCAGGUUAUUGCGAACUCUGGCAGGACAUACAAGGAGCUUAUUUGUGAAAGCUAUGGUGUACGAUCCAUAGCAGAAUUUUUGGCAAAGUCUAAGUCCGAGGAGACCCAGGAGGAAGUGCAGGUUCUGUUGGAUUCUCUGGUCCACGGCAAUCCCAAGUACCAAAAUCAAGUGUAUAAAGGUCUAAUAGCUUUGCUGCCCUGCGAGUCCCCCAAAGCCCAGCAGCUGUCCCUGCAGACUCUCAGGACUGCCCAGCCAAUCGUUGGGACCACACACCCCAGCAUCGUGGACCGCGUGCUGAAGGUGCUGGGCACGAUGCACCUGGAAGUCCAGUAUGAAGCCAUCGAGUUGAUCAAGGACCUGGUCGGUUACGAUGUGCGCCAGGCGCUGCUCAAGGGCCUCGUGGCGCUGCUGAUACCGUCGGUCAAGGAGACCUCCAAACUGCAGGCCAAGAUCCUCAGUGACCCCUCGGUUCUCCAGCUCACCCCCAGCCUGCCGAUGUUUUUGCAGCAGGCCGCGGCCGCCAAGGCCAUCGGGGUCCUGGCGCGCAACGACAUGAGCAUCGCCGAGGAGCUGCUGUACCUGCGCGUGGUGCAUGGCCUAAUGGCCGCCAUGGGCAACACGGACCACAGCAACAGCCAGCGGCUGGCCAGCCUCACCCUGGAGUGCUUCGUGCAGAUGUUCCCCUUGGUGGCGGAGCACGUGCGCAAGUGCAUGGGGGAGGAACUCUACCAGCUCUUCCUGAGCAACGCUGAGGACUUGUACAUGAAAAUAGACAGCAUUCAGGCGGACAUCUUGGCGGCCAACAAAGUCAAUGUUACCAAAGCCCUGUGCCUCCAUGGCAGCUCCUACAGCAUGAACACUCUCUAUGGCUCGCGCGAUUCGGCUCAGAUGGCCUACCUCACACACUUCGAGGAGGAUGUAGAAUCAAAGGAGUAACAGCCCCUGUGGCAAACCAGGAAGGCCAAGGCUGCGGGGCAGGGAAGACUGGCAAGAGGAAGGCGCCUGGGGUCAAGCUCAGAGCCACUCCACUUGGCUCCAGGGGGGAGACGGGGAUUAGGCACCCCAGAGGGGCAGAGGGAGGGCCGCUGGCUGCGAAGAGUCAAUAAACAGCCUUGAUACCUG